AUAUGCAUACUCCCACCAACACCUAGGCCACACCCAUCCGCACCCUGUUUUGAAGUUUGCAAAUGGAUGCGAUACAUAUACUGAUGUAUAUCGAUCUUAGCUGGCUUUUUAAAAACUGGGUACAGCUGUCAGAACCACAGUAAAAGCUAGGUUAAUACUAUAAAGUUCAUAUAUACCAGAGGUUUAUAGUUUACGCGAGCGCGAUCACUAUUAAUCAAUCAAUCAACACCAUCUUUUUGAUCACAUUUAGAUAAUGUACCACCACCACAAGCAAAAUUACCACAUUCAAACUCGGCGACGGCUGCUAAACCACCUGUUUCUACCUCAAGCGCGCCAAAAUUCGUGGUACAAGCUGCUCCACAGAUAACUGCCAAUGAUACUACGACCGCUAAAUUAAAUUUGUGUCGUGAUGUUAUACGUGAAUUGAUGUAUUUUCCUUCUUGGCCGCCUACAUGUUCGUAUGGAUGGGUAAUUUUUCGUGAUGGUGGAAUGCUCCUAACAAGUGUUUGUGCUUUACUUGGCAUCAGAUAUGCAUUGAUUGUCGACGAACCUAGUGCUUAUCGAUCAUUGACGGUUUGGUACAACGAUUCACGAAGAGCUUAUAUUCCACCAAGAUACACACCAGGAAGACAAUGGCGACGUAGAAGAAUGGGUAAACUUCAAUGUACUAUUCGUCGAUUUACUGUAGUUAAGGGAAUAUAUUCUGCACGUCAUACUAUUCAAUAUCUACGACAACAACUCAUGGGAAGAAUGUCCUAA